AUGGAUGAGAAAAGUGCUGUAGGAAGCGGUGGAGCAUUUGGCAGAGUAUAUACUAUAAGUUUACCAAGUGGAGAACUGGUUGCUGUAAAGAAGCUAGUCAAUAUUGGGAGCCAAACUUCGAAAGCACUGAAGGCUGAGGUCAAGACAUUAGCCAAGAUCAGACUGAGGAUUGCCAUUGGGGUUGCUCAAGGAUUGGCAUAUCUUCACAAGGAUUAUGUUCCACAUUUACUUCACAGAAAUGUCAAGUCGAAAAAUAUUCUUCUGGAUACAGAUUUUGAACCAAAGCUCACUGAUUUUGCUCUCGAUCGACUCGUGGGAGAAGCUGCAUUCCGGUCAACAAUUGCUUCAGAAUCUGCAGAUUCUUGUUACAGUGCUCCUGAACUUGGAUACAGUAAGAAAGCAACAGAACAAAUGGAUGUUUACAGCUUUGGUGUUGUGCUACUAGAACUCAUAACUGGCCGUCAAGCUUAGCAAGCUGAACCAGUGGAUUCACUUGAUAUCGUGAAGUGGGUUCGAAGGAAAAUCAACAUAACCAAUGGAGCAAUCCAAGUUCUAGAUUCUAAGAUAUCAAACUCUUACCAACAAGAGAUGCUAGGAGCUCUAGACAUUGCUAUUCGA